AAAAGGGAAAAGGCGAUAUAAAAUAUGUACUGGGGUCUCAAUCGUCGUUGAUUUGGACUUAUUUUGGGCAUUGUUCGUUUCGCUCACACUGCUUCGCUCGUCUGAAAAUGGAUAAUCAGGGUUUUACAGUCUGAAAUUCGGAGCUAAAGCAAAAUGGAAGCCGUUGAAUCACUAUGCAUGUAUAACCUAAAACAACCUAUACUUGAUAAACAGUACUUAGGGUUUGAUCCUCAACCUCCCGAAACGCCGUCGAUUUCAUCGGAACCCAAUCUUCAAAACCCUCCUCGGAAUCUCCCAAUAACCGAGGAAAACGAUGUUGAUGAUGAGAUAGCGCUACAAACCAUUGUCGAUGAGCUUCAGAAUCUGGUGUUAAACCAGGCAUUCAGUGACGAGAGAGCAAAAGGAGGUAUUCAUGAAUACAUUAAGGCAAAAUCUGAAAAUGAAGAUGAGAAAGCUGUGCAAAUGAUCGUUGAAGAGAUUCAGAAUCUGGUGUUAAACCUGGCAUUCAGUGAAGAGAGAGCAAAAGGAGAUAUUCAUGAAGGAAUUGGAAGAGACGAAAUCGUAAAUGAGUACGGAGGUAAUCGUUAUGAAGAUGGUGACAAUAGUUUGAGCGAAAAUGUAAAUGUGAUUGAUGUGAAAAAUGAGAAAGGUGGUGAGGCGGGUUCAGAGAAAUGGGGAUUUGAUCACUAUGAAGAUGGUGACUAUAGUUGGAGCGAAAAUGGAAUUUUAAUUGAUGUGGAAAAUGAGAAAGGUGGUGAGGCGGGUUCAAAGGAAUGGGGAUUUGAUCAUUAUGAAGAUGGUGACCAUAGUUGGAGCGGAAAUGGAAUUGAUGUGGCAAAUGAGAACGGCAGUGAUGCUGGUUCAAAAGAAUGGGGAUGUAAUGCGAAUGGGAGGAGGUUGAAUUACCCGUUAAGGCCUGAUGCUGUGGAUUGUGCUUAUUAUAUGAAAACAGGGACAUGUCAAUACGGAUUGAAUUGCAAGUUUAAUCACCCUUCGCGAAGGAGUAAUCAGCAGUGGGCAAUGGAGAGGGGCAAGCAAAAGGAAGAAAGCGAGGAAAGAGCAGGGCUGAUUGAAUGCAAGUAUUACCUAACAGAAGGAGGAUGCAAGUAUGGAAAUGCCUGUAAAUAUAAUCAUAGUGGGAUACAGGGUGCAAGCUCACCUGUUCUGGAUUUUAACUUUCUUGGCCUGCCAGUUCGACCGGGUGAGAAGGAUUGCCCCUACUACAUGCGCACUGGCACCUGCAAGUAUGGAUCUAAUUGCAGGUUUCAUCAUCCGGAUCCUACUACAAUGACUGGAAACAAUCCUUCCUUUGGAUAUAACAAUGGUGAAUCUGCUCCAGUACAAAGUGCCUCCUAUUCACCAGUGUCUUCUUGGUCUUCAUCUCGUGCAUCGAAUGAGACAGCUCCUUUCCUACCAGUGGUAUAUGCAGCAAACCAAGGCAUUCUUCCUCUAGGUCCACAAUGGAACAGGUUUCAGGCCCCGGUCUAUCCAACCCCAGAGAAGAGCCUACCUGCACCUCCAGCAUUUACUAUGAAGGAUCCAGCAACUAAGACAAACAUCUAUUCUCGACCUCAACCGCCGUGGCUUGUUGAAGAAUACCCUGAACGUCCAGGUCAACCUGAUUGCAGUUACUUCAUUAAAACAGGAGAUUGUAAAUAUAAGUCUAACUGCAAAUUUCAUCAUCCAAAGACUCAAAAAUCCAAGACGAACCUCCCGAGUAUUCUCAGUGACAAGGGCCUGCCCCUAAGACCAGGCCAAGCUCUCUGUUCAUUCUAUAGCCGUUAUGGGAUUUGCAAGUAUGGACCUGCCUGUAAGUUUGACCAUCCCGAACAAAAUGACAACGCAGUAUCUUCUCCUGGGUUUCCUUUUUAUCAGCCUCCAUUUGGCAAUUCUGCAACAACAGAUGGCUUGAGGAUGUCAAGGAAAGGAAAUGGAAGUGGCUCUCUAGUACAGCAGUCUGUCUAAGAAAUCUUUGCAUCCAUUUCAUCCAGAAUUUAGAAUAGAAAUCACAUGGCUUACAAACAGACUGGAAACUCUUUGUAGUGUUUAACGUUUUGUGCUAAUAGGUCAAGCAAAUGGGAUUCUGUAUAUUAUAGCUUGUUUUUAGACUGCAGGAGGGUAUAUGCAUGAUGAUGCACCAGUAUGUCAUUAGGAACAUUUACUUAAUCAGAAUGUGGAACCUCUUCUUAA